GAGGACCAGAAAGCCAUGAGAGGCAAUGUAGCAGUGUUCAAGUGCAUUAUCCCCUCCUCUGUGGAGGCAUACAUCACUGUUGUCUCAUGGGAGAAAGACACAGUCUCGCUUGUCUCAGGACCUAGAUUUCUCAUCACAUCCACGGGAGCCUUGUAUAUUUUAGAUGUACAAAACGAAGAUGGACUGUACAACUACCGCUGCAUCACAAGGCACAGAUACACUGGAGAAACACGACAGAGCAACAGCGCAAGACUUUUUGUAUCAGACCCAGCGAAUUCAGCUCCAUCUAUCCUAGAUGGGUUUGACCACCGCAAAGCCAUGGCAGGACAGCGAGUGGAGCUGCCUUGCAAAGCAUCAGGGCACCCGGCACCAAAGUACCGCUGGCUGAAGGACAACGUGCCCUGGGAGCCCGACAGCCGCUUCAGGCAGACGGUGACGGGGCUGCUCAUCGAGAACACGCGGCCCUCGGACUCGGGCAGCUACGUCUGCGAGGUGUGGAACAACUACGGCACCGCCGAGGUGAUCGGCCGCCUGCACGUCAAACAACCGCUAAAAGCCACCAUCAGCCCGCGCAAAGUCAAAAGCAGCGUCGGUAGCCAAGUGUCCUUGUCCUGCAGCGUGACGGGGACCGAGGACCAGGAGCUGUCCUGGUACCGCAACGGGGAAAUCAUCAACCCUGGCAACAACGUGCGCAUCACCGGGGUCAACCGCGAGAACCUGAUCAUGGACGGCAUGGCCAAGAGCGACGGCGGCGCCUACCAGUGCUUUGUGCGCAAGGACAAGAUGUCAGCUCAAGACUACGUCCAGGUGGUGCUGGAAGAUGGAACCCCCAAAAUCAUCUCUGCCUUCAGCGAGAAAGUGGUGAGCCCAGGAGAGCCAGUGUCCCUGAUGUGCAACGUGAAGGGGACUCCCCUGCCCACCAUCACCUGGACACUGGACGAGGAUCCCAUCGUGAAGGACGGCAGCCACCGGAUCAGCCAGAUCAUCACCUCCGAGGGCAACGUGGUCAGUUACCUGAACAUCUCCAACACCCAGGUCCGCGACGGGGGCGUUUAUCGCUGCACUGCCAACAACUCUGCGGGAGUCGUCCUGUACCAGGCUCGAAUAAACGUAAGAGGGCCAGCCAGCAUCCGGCCCAUGAAGAACAUCACGGCCAUCGCUGGGAGGGACACCUACAUCCACUGCAGGGUCAUCGGCUACCCCUACUACUCCAUCAAGUGGUACAAGAACUCCAACCUGCUGCCCUUCAACCAUCGCCAAGUGGCGUUCGAGAACAACGGCACGCUGAAGCUCUCGGACGUGCAGAAGGAGGUGGACGAGGGCGAGUACACCUGCAAUGUCCUGGUCCAGCCCCAGCUGUCCACCAGCCAGAGCGUGCACGUGACAGUGAAAGUGCCACCUUUCAUCCAACCUUUCGAGUUCCCUCGCUUCUCCAUUGGGCAGAGGGUCUUCAUCCCCUGCGUGGUGGUCUCGGGGGACCUGCCCAUCACCAUCACCUGGCAGAAGGACGGCCGGCCCAUCCCCGCCAGCCUGGGCGUCACCAUCGACAACAUCGACUUCACCAGCUCCCUGAGGAUCUCCAACCUCUCCCUGAUGCACAACGGGAAUUACACCUGCAUAGCCAGGAACGACGCAGCAGCCGUGGAGCACCAGAGCCAAUUAAUCGUCAGAGUGCCCCCCAGGUUUGUGGUCCAGCCCAGCGACCAGGACGGGAUCUAUGGGAAAGCCGUCAUUCUCAACUGCUCUGCCGAGGGUUAUCCCGUUCCUACCAUCGUCUGGAAGUACUCUAAAGGUGCCGGGGUUCCCCAGUUCCAGCCGAUCGCGCUGAACGGUCGGAUCCAGCUGCUCACAAACGGCUCCUUGCUGAUCAAACACGUGCUGGAAGAAGACAGUGGAUACUACCUCUGCAAGGUCAGCAAUGAUGUGGGAGCAGACGUCAGCAAGUCCAUGUACCUCACUGUUAAAAUUCCAGCUAUGAUAACCUCCUACCCAAACACCACCCUGGCGACUCAAGGCCAAAAGAAGGAGAUGAGCUGCACGGCACAUGGAGAGAAACCCAUCAUAGUCCGCUGGGAGAAGGAAGACCGGAUCAUUAACCCCGAAAUGUCCCGUUACCUGGUUUCCACCAAGGAAGUUGGGGAUGAAGUGAUUUCUACCCUGCAGAUUCUGCCAACUGUGCGUGAAGAUUCUGGCUUCUUUUCCUGCCACGCCAUCAAUUCUUACGGGGAGGAUCGUGGAAUAAUUCAGCUCACUGUGCAAGAACCCCCCGACCCCCCCGAGAUAGAGAUCCGGGAGGUGAGAGCUCGGAGCAUCGCGCUCAGGUGGACCAUGGGCUUCGAUGGCAACAGCCCCAUCACCGGCUACGACAUCGAGUGCAAGAACAAGUCAGACUCUUGGGACUCUGUCCAGAGAACCAGAGAUGUUUCCCCUCAGCUAAACCAAGCCACCAUCAUCGACCUGCACCCGUCCUCCACCUACAACAUCCGCAUGUACGCCAAGAACCGCAUCGGCAAGAGCGAGGCCAGCAACGAGCUCACCAUCACCACUGAUGAAGCAGCUCCUGAUGGUCCACCUCAGGAUGUGCAGCUUGAGCCUAUAUCUUCACAGAGCAUCAGAGUCACCUGGAAGGCUCCAAAGAAGCACUUGCAGAAUGGAAUUAUCCGUGGCUACCAGAUAGGAUAUCGGGAGUACAGCGCGGGGGGAAAUUUCCAGUUCAACAUCAUCAGCAUCGACACCACCGGGGACAGUGAGGUUUAUACACUGAAUAACCUGAAAAAAUUCACCCAGUAUGGCAUGGUGGUACAGGCCUGUAACCGGGCUGGGAUUGGACCUUCUUCUCAGGAAAUCAUCACCACAACUCUUGAGGACGUGCCCAGUUGCCCUCCAGGGAAUGUUCAAGCCACUGCCACGUCCCCAGAAACCAUCUCCAUUUCCUGGUCAACGCUGGCAAAGGAAACCCUGAACGGGAUCCUGCAGGGAUUCAGGGUUAUCUACUGGGCCAACCUCUUGGAUGGAGAGCUGGGAGAGAUAAAGAAUGUUACUACUACCCAGCCUUCCCUGGAACUGGAUGGCCUGGAAAAAUACACCAACUACAGCAUCCAGGUGCUGGCUUUUACCCGAGCUGGGGAUGGAGUGAGGAGCGAGCAGAUUUUCACCCGCACUAAAGAGGAUGUUCCAGGUCCUCCUGCCGGAGUUAAGGCAGCUGCUGCCUCGGCCUCCACGGUUUUUGUGUCCUGGCUGCCUCCCCUGAAGCUGAACGGCAUCAUCCGGAAAUACACCGUGUUCUGCUCCCACCCCUACCCCACAGUGAUCAGCGAGUUUGAAGCCUCUCCCGACUCAUUUUCCUACAGAAUCCCCAACCUGAGCCGGAACCGCCAGUACAGCGUGUGGGUGGUGGCCGUGACGGCUGCGGGCAGAGGCAACAGCAGCGAGAUCAUCACCGUGGAGCCACUGGCCAAAGCUCCUGCCAGGAUCCUGACGUUCAGCGGGACGGUGACAACCCCCUGGAUGAAGGACAUUGUCCUCCCUUGCAAAGCCGUGGGGGACCCUGCUCCAACAGUCAAGUGGAUGAAGGAUAGUAACGGGACACCCAGUCUAGUGAUGAUUGAUGGGCGAAGGAGCAUCUUCAGCAACGGCAGCUUCGUCAUCAGGACUGUGAAAGCAGAAGACUCUGGUUACUACAGCUGUGUGGCCAGCAACAACUGGGGCUCAGAUGAAAUCAUUUUGAAUUUGCAGGUGCAAGUUCCACCAGACCAGCCAAGACUCACUGUAUCCAAAACUACAUCUUCCUCUAUCACUCUUUCCUGGAUACCUGGAGACAAUGGUGGCAGUUCUAUCCGAGGUUACAUCCUGCAGUACUCAGAGGAUAACAGUGAGCAGUGGGGCAGCUUCCCCAUCAGCCCCAGUGAGAGAUCCUACAGGCUGGAGACCCUGAAAUGUGGCACCUGGUACAAGUUCACCCUGACUGCCCAGAACGGGGUGGGGCCGGGGCGCAUCAGCGAGAUCAUCGAGGCCAAGACGCUCGGCAAAGAGCCACAGUUUUCCAAGGAGCAGGAGCUCUUCGCCAGCAUCAACACCACGCGGGUGAGGCUGAACCUGAUCGGCUGGAACGAUGGUGGCUGCCCCAUCACCUCCUUCACCCUGGAAUACCGGCCCUUUGGGACCACGGUCUGGACAACAGCCCAGAGGACAUCCCUGUCCAAGUCCUACAUCCUCUACGACCUCCAGGAGGCCACCUGGUACGAGCUGCAAAUGAGAGUGUGCAACAGUGCUGGCUGUGCAGAGAAACAAGCCAAAUUUGCCACGCUCAAUUAUGAUGGCAGUACAAUCCCUCCUCUCAUCAAGUCGGUUGUGCAAAGUGAGGAGGGGCUGGGAACCAACGAAGGGCUAAAGAUGCUGGUGACCAUCUCCUGUAUCUUGGUUGGGGUCUUGCUGCUCUUUGUGAUGCUGCUGAUCGUGAGGAGGAGGAGGAGGGAGCAGAGGCUGAAGAGGCUGCGAGAUGCAAAGAGUUUGGCCGAAAUGCUUAUGAGCAAGAACACCAGGACAUCAGACACACUUAAUAAGCAGCAGCAAACACUGAGGAUGCACAUAGACAUUCCCAGAGCACAGCUGCUGAUAGAGGAGAGGGACACCAUGGAGACCAUUGACGACAGAUCCACGGUUCUGCUCACUGAUGCUGACUUUGGAGAGACGUCCAAGCAGAAGUCCCUGACUGUCACCCACACGGUCCAUUACCAGUCGGUGUCACAAGCCACAGGGCCACUGGUGGAUGUCUCUGAUGCCCGGCCAGGAACAAAUCCCACCACGAGGAGGAGUGCCAAAACCGGGCCCACCGCGCGCAACCGCUACGCCAGCCAGUGGACCCUCAACAGACCCCACCCCACCAUAUCAGCCCACACCCUCACCACAGACUGGAGGCUGCCCACGCCCCGGCCAGCAGGAUCAGUGGACAAGGAGAGUGACAGCUACAGCGUCAGCCCCUCGCAGGACACAGACCGGGCGAGGAGCAGCAUGGUCUCCACAGAAAGUGCCUCCUCCACCUACGAAGAGCUGGCCAGGGCCUACGAGCACGCCAAGAUGGAAGAGCAGCUGAGGCACGCCAAGUUCACCAUCACGGAGUGCUUCAUAUCAGACACGUCCUCGGAGCAGCUCACGGCAGGGACCAACGACUACACGGACAGCCUGACGUCCAGCACGCCGUCCGAGUCGGGCAUCUGCAGGUUCACCGCGUCCCCCCCCAAGCCUCAGGACGGAGGGAGGGUGAUGAACAUGGCAGUUCCCAAGGCACAUCGCCCAGGUGAUCUCAUGCAUUUGCCACCCUACCUUAGGAUGGACUUUUUAUUGAACCGUGGCGUGCAGGGCACGAGCAGAGACCUGGGUUUGGGGCAAGCCUGCUUGGAGCCACAGAAAAGCCGAACCUUGAAGCGUCCCACCGUGCUGGAGCCGAUCCCCAUGGAGACAUCCUCCACGAGAGAUGUCCAGUCAUGGCAACCUGGUGCCGUGGCAACGUUACCUCAGCGAGAAGGAGCUGAGCUAGGACAGGCUCAAGCAAAAAUGAGCAGCUCCCAAGAAUCCCUGCUGGACUCCCGGGGCCACUUGAAAGGAAACAAUCCCUACGCAAAAUCUUACACCCUGGUAUAA